GAAACUCACACACUCGCUGCCAGAGAGAAGUGAAAUGGCGCAGAAAGCAGUUCAGCUGGACCGGGAAGUCUUAUCUUGUUGUUCGAACAUCUGCUCUCGUCAUGACGAGGUGAUGAAGAUAUUCUGCCGCACUGAUCAGCAGUGUAUUUGUUAUCUCUGCUCUGUGGACGAACACAAAGGCCACGACACGGUGUCAGCUGCAGCAGAGAGGACUGAGAGGCAGAGAGAGCUGGAGGGGAGUCGAGAAAACAUCCAGCAGAGGAUCCAGGACGGAGACAAGGAGGUGAAACUGCUUCAGCAGGAGGUGGAGGCCGUCAACGGCUCUGCUGAUAAAGCAGUGGAGGACAGUGAGAAGACGUUCACUGAGCUGAUCCGUCUCAUGGAGAAGAGAAGCUCUGAUGUGAAGCAGCAGCUCAGAUCCCAGCAGAAGAGGGAAGUGAGUCGAGUCAGAGAGCUCCAGGAGAAGCUGGAGCAGGAGAUGGCUGAGCUGAAGAGGAGAGACGCUGAGCUGCAGCUGCUGUCUCACACAGAGGAUCACAACCAGUUUCUGCUCAGCUACCCCUCACUGCCAGCCCUCAGUGAAGCUACACACUCCUCCAGCAUCAACAUCCGUCCUCUGAGCUACUUUGAGGAUGUGACGGCGGCCCUGUCAGCAGUCAGAGACAAACUACAGGACGUCCUGAGAGAGGAAUGGACACACGUCUCACCGACUGAAGUGGAGGUUUUACUGUCAGCAGCAGAGCCCGCCACCAGAGCUGGGUUCUUAACACAUUCACAGGAGAUCACACUGGAUCCAAACACAGCACACACACAUCUGCCUCGUAUGGAGCAGUACUUUAAUCAGAUGGAGAAAAUCAUAAAGGACAAGAAGACCAGCUUCAAGAUCCGCUUCAUGCUGCAGGACGUGCUGGACCUUCAACAGCCUCCAGGUAUGGGUAUGGGUGUUGGGGGUCCUCGUCGCUCGGCGCAGAUGCAGUCUCUGAGCGAUGACAUUCAGCUGAACAAGGCGGAGAAGGCGUGUAAACCUUCGACGAAGAAAACCCGCGUGGAGGUCGAGAGUGAGAGUGACGACUCGGAGCACGGGAAGACCCAGGAGCUGUUUAAAAGUGUUCGCAGCAUCCUCAACAAACUCACCCCGCAGAAGUUUCAGCAGCUCAUGAAGAUGGUGAACAAUCUCACCAUCGACACGGAGGAGAGAUUGAAAGGAGUCAUCGAUCUGACCUUCGAGAAGGCCAUCGCCGAGCCUAACUUCUCCGUGGUCUACGGCAACAUGUGCCGCUGCCUCAUGGGGCUUAAAGUUGAAACCACAGAUAAGCCGGGAUUCACUGUGAACUUCCGCAAGCUGCUGCUAAACCGAUGCCAGAAGGAGUUCGAAAAGGACCAAGUUGACGACGAGAUCUUCGAGAGGAAGCAGAAAGAGCUGGAUACUGCCACAGUGCCGGAGGAGAAGCAGCGUCUCACUGAGCAGCUGCAGUGCGAGAAAGACAACGCCCACAGGCGCUCGAUGGGCAACAUGAAGUUCAUUGGAGAGCUGUUCAAGCUGAAAAUGCUCACAGAGGUCAUCAUGCACAACAACAUCGUGAAGCUGCUGAAGAACCACGACGAAGAGUCUCUGGAGUGCCUCUGCAGACUGCUGUCCACCAUCGGAAAGGACCUCGACUUCGAGAAGGCCAAGCCUCGUAUGGACCAGUACUUUAAUCAGAUGGAGAAAAUCAUAAAGGACAAGAAGACCAGCUUCAAGAUCCGCUUCAUGCUGCAGGACGUGCUGGACCUUCGACGGAGCUCGUGGGUCUCCAGGAGAGGCGAACAGGGCUCAAAGACGAUGGAGCAAAUCCACACAGAUGCCGAGCUGGAGGAGCAACUGGAGCAGAUAAAGGUGCAGCAUGCCUUCAUCUCUAAGCCGUCAGGAGGCCACGGAGGCAGAAAUGACGGAGGAAGGAACGACGGAGGAGGUCGAGGGGGCCGUGGCAACCAGGGCCGAGGGCAAACUCCCCAGGACGAAGGCUGGAACACAGUUCCCAUCUCCACCAAAAGCCGACCCAUUGACGCCACUCGCUUUAGCAAAAUCACUAAGUGCCAAUGGCCAAUUCCCCAGGACGGAGGCUGGAACACAGUACCCAUCUGCAAAAACCAACCAGUAGGAGAAAGGACGCUUCACUUGGAUAGGAAUGUCCUGAGCCCCGGUGGUAAAGGCAGCUGGGGCAGCUGGGGCAGCUGGGGGAAGGGCAGCAGUGGGCUCAGCACCACUGCUGAACCUGCAGAAGCCGAUCCCGUCUGUCGCGUCCCCAGCAUGACCGACGACAGAGGGAGCCGAGAGGGAGCCAGGAGCAAAGAGGACGUGACACGAGAGAAAACUGACACCCCUCCUCCCCACCCGGCCUCCACCAAGCCCACGCUGAGGAAACUGACCGAUAAAUCCACCGCCAUCAUCGAGGAGUAUCUGCACCUCAACGACAUGAAGGAGGCUCUGCAGUGUGUGCAUGAGAUCAGCAGCACUCAGCUUCUCUUCCUCAUCGUACAAAUCGGCCUGGAGUCGACGCUGGAGCGCAGCACCAUCGCCCGAGAGCGCAUGGGCCUCCUGCUGCAGCAGCUCAUCAAAGCCGGCACUCUGCCCAAGCAGCAGUACUACAACGGGCUGCAGGAGAUCCUGGAGGUGGCUGAAGACAUGGCCAUCGACAUCCCUCACAUCUGGCUGUACCUGGCAGAGCUGAUCUCCCCCAUGCUACACGAGGGAGGCAUCCCCAUGGGGGAGCUUUUCAGGGAGAUUUCCAAACCUUUGAUUCCUCUGGGCCAAGCCGGAGUCCUGCUGGUGCAAAUCCUCAACUUACUGUGCAAAGAAAUGAGCCAUAAAAAGGCAGGAGCGAUGUGGCGAGAGGGCGGUCUCCGGUGGAGAGACUUCCUCCCCGAGGACGUCGACGUCAACAAGUUUGUGACUGAGAAGAAGGUGGAGUUCACGCUGGGUGUGGAGUCUGAGAACGGUCAGAAGGAGGAGCUGAGCUCUGAGGAGCUGAGCAAACAGAUUCAGAGGCUGAUCCAGGAUCAGGCCGACGACCAGAGGCUGUUUGACUGGAUCGAGGCUAACCUGGAUGAGCAGCAGAUGUCCUCCAACAUGCUGGUCAGAGCUCUGAUGACAUGCAUCUGUCAGUCAGCCAUCAUCUAUGAGAACCCGAACAAGGUGGACGCCGCUAAGAUCAAGAAGAGAGCGAAGGUCCUGCAGAAAUACCUGAGUGACGACAAGAAGGAGCUGCAGGCUCUCUACGCUCUGCAGGCGCUGAUGGUGGAGCUGGAGCAGCCGGCCAACCUGCUGCGGAUGUUCUUCGACAGCCUUUACGACGAGGACGUGAUCAAACAAGAAGCUUUCUACAAGUGGGAGUCGAGCAAAGACCCGGUGGAGCAGCAGGGGAAAGGCCUGGCUCUAAAGUCCGUCACCGCCUUCUUCACGUGGCUCCGAGAGGCCGAGGAUGAAGACGAGUCCGACAACAGCUAGAGGAGGAAGACGCUCGGAGGAUUCAGAAGAAAAAACCCUGAAUCGGCAAAAUCCUUCUUCAUAAACAGAAACACAAAAAAAAGCAAGAAAAAUAUUCUUCAACUGGGAGAGAUUGUAUUACGGAUCGAACACUCGAUCAGUUAUUUUUUCCUUUAUUUUUUUUGUUCCCUUUUUUGCGCAACUGAAUGUCUUUUUUGGAAAUAAAAUAGAGCGAGUAGAAGAGCGAGAGAAGACGCCGUUUCCUUCAGUAUUUCUUUGAAGUUUAUCCUGGUUUUUUUCAAACGGCUGGUUUUUCCUCGCCGCGAUCAAACACUAUUCAAGACACUUUGCUUAAUGACAGAUAUAUAAAUAAAAAAAAAGGCUGUUCACAUUUAUAUUUUUGAUGACUUCAUCGUGUGAGCGGCAGCAUCACAUCGAUCGGUGUUGGAUCUACACGACCAAGCGCUAGUGUAGACGGUUAGCUUUCCCUUUCAUCUUGUGUUGGAUGGUUGGAGUGAGUGUUUUGUAAUAAAAUAAAAAAACUGGAAGAGAUAAUAAAGAUUGUUGCCAAUAAAAGAAUAAAAAUGUC